ACAGUGGGAGAGCGAGGUUGUGCUGCGCAGGCUAUUGGAACCAGCCGUUGGCAUAGUUCUUGCACAUAAGAGAGAGAGAAAAAAGGCCCAUAAAUAAUUGCAACGGGGAAAUUAAUCAGUGUCCUAAUUGUGAAAGUAGUGCGUUCGGUGUCCCUGGCAGUGGAUUUUACCGGCGUCGCGACACGAGAAGCAGGUGGCAAACGCGCCAUCUUGAAGGAGGUCUCAAGAAAAAGGCGAGGAGUCCGACGUCGCCACGACUCCGCCGGCCGAGCCCCCCGCCCGCGCCGCCCGCCCGCGUCCUCCGCCGCCGCCCCCGCCGCCCCCGCGAUGGCCGCGAGGCGAGGCGGCCGGGCGUGACUCGCAGGCCGCGCCGGCGAUGCCCCUCGAGGCGGCCCGCGCGCGCUGAGCGCCCCCGCGCCAUGGCCGUCACCAUGCGCGCGCUCACCUACAGCUGGAUCGGGCUGUCGGCGGCGGCGCCCCUCGUGUUCCUGGUGUGCGCGUGGGCGCUGGGCGUGUUCCACUCGUACCGCCGCCACUGGCGCUCCGUCGACCUGUUCCUGCUGGCGGUGUUCGUGCAGGAGCUCCUGAUGGCGCUGCAGGUGUUCGCCUUCGCGCUGCUCAGCCUGAUGCGGCCCGAGUCGGGCGCCGCAUGCGGGGCCUUCGUGUGGAGCCUGAGCGCCACGCGCGCGCUGCAGGCGGCCACGCUGGCGUCGCUGCUGGUGGACCGCGCGCUCACGUGCCAGUGGCCCUACAAGUACCGCUUCUCCGUGCGCCGCCACCAGAUCCGCUACCACCUGGCGGUGCUGGCCACCGUGGCGGCGCUGGUGGGCGUGGCGGCGCUGCUGGCGCGCCCCGCCGACGCCGCCGCAGCCUUCGAGCACUGCAGCUUCCUGCCGCACGCGCUGCACGUGCGCCUCGCGCUCUUCGUGCUCAGCGUGUACGGCGUGCUGGCGCUGGCGGGCGGCGUGAGCGCGGGCGUCGUGCAGGCGGGGCGCGGCUGCUCCGUGCCCGCGCGCGCCCACUCCGACCUGGCACCCAUCGCCACCGCCACCGCUGAGUUCGGUUACGCCCACGAAGGGACAGGGCAAGGAGGCCGCCCACACUCGCACGCCCAUGUCCCGCCCACGCCCGCCCGCCCACUGGUGGCCACCGCGCGCCCUUGA